CUUUACCUACAGGGCCCAGAGGCCCCCAGUCCUCAAUGCCACCUAUGGGCCCUUCUCUGUGGAAAAGACAGUACCGCUGGACUUGAUGGUCACUUCCAACUUUCUGGGCCCGACAGACACAUUUCCUCUCAACUGGCGGCUUCGCGCCCACAUCCUGCGGGACAAGGUCUACCUGAGCCGGCCCCGGGUGCAGGUGCUGUUCCACCUGGUGGGCCGGGACUGGGCCGAGCGCGGCCCCGGGGAGGCGCUGCCCUGCCUGCGGCUCUUCGCCUUCCGGGAGACCCGAGAGGUGCGGGCCGGCUGCCGGCUGCAGGGGGCCCUGGGGCUGUGCGUGGCCGAGCUGGAGCUGCUGGCCGCCUGGUUCAGCCCCCCGACGGUGGUGGCAGGCCGGAGGAAGGUGGGGAUCCCCGCCGAGGGCAGCCCAGUGGAGCUCUACUACAGCCUGCAGCCGGGGGACACCCGGGGGGACUGCGGCGCAGGGGGCGUCAGGAAGGGGAAUGCCAUCCGCCCAGGCAAGGACGGGCUGGAGGACGCCAUGGGCCAGCUGCAGAGAAUUGGUGCCGUUGGCCUGUUCCAGGGCCAGGACAGCGCCUUGCUGAGAGAGCUGCACUUGGACAGCAACGUGGCCAUCCGGCUGCCAUCCACGCCCGUCAAGCAGGGGGAUGUGGUCACAGCCUACGUCACCAUUGCCAGCAAUUCCACUGUGGACCUCUUCAUCUUGAGGGCCAAGGUGAAGAAGGGGGUGAACAUCCUGAGCGCGAGGAGCAGCGAGCCCCGGCAGUGGGACGUGCAGCGAGAGCUGGGGAGCGGGGGGAAGCACAGCACCGCCGCCGUGGUGUGCCGGCGUCUGGGGUCCAGCGCACGCAACAGCAGCAGCAGCUACACCGAGGUUGCGCAGAUGAACUUUGAAAUCGCGAGCUUCAGCAGUCUGUCGGGGUCACAGCCCAUCACCUGGCAGGUGGAGUACCCCCGGAGGGGGGGCACCGAUGUCACCGUGUCCGAGAUCUUCAUCAGCCAGAAGGACCUGGUGGGCAUCGUCCCGCUGGCCAUGGACACAGAAAUCCUGAACACGGCCAUCCUCACGGGGAAGACGGUGGCCGUGCCCGUCAAGGUGGUGUCGGUGGAGGAGGACGGCACAGUGGCCGACAUCUCAGAGUUGGUGGAGUGCAAGUCCACAGCCGAGGACGUGGUCAAGGUGUCCGACCGCUGUGACUACGUCUUUGUCAACGGCAAAGAGAUGAAAGGGAAGGUGGAUGUGGUGGUGAAUUUCACAUACCAGUACCUGAGUGCCCCUCUGCACAUCACUGUGUGGGUACCCCGGCUGCCCCUACAGAUUGAGGUGUCUGAUACAGAGCUCAACCAGAUUAAAGGCUGGAGGGUCCCCAUCAUGACCAGUAAGAGGCCCACACGUGACAGUGAGGACGAGGACGAGGAUGAGCGGCGAGGCCGGGGCUGUGCCUUGCAGUACCAGCGUGCCACGGUGCGCGUGCUCACUCAGUUUGUGGCUGAGGGUGCCGGCCCUUGGGAACCACCCAGCCACUUGCUCAGUCCAGACUGGCAGGUGGACAUCACCCAUCUGGUGGCCGACUUCAUGAAGCUGGAGGAGCCACAUGUGGCCACACUUGAAGACAGCAGGAUCCUGGUCGGGCGGGAGGCUGGGAUGACCACCAUCCAGGUGCUGUCCCCUCUAUCUGACUCCAUCCUGGCAGAGAAGACGGUGACCGUGCUGGAUGACAAGGUAUCGGUGACAGACUUGGCCAUCCAGCUUGUGGCAGGGCUGUCUGCCACCCUGUACCCCAGCGGGGAGAACAGCAAGACUAUCACAGCUGUGGCCACGGCAGAUGAGCUGCUGCGGACCCCCAAACAGGAAGCCGUAGUCAGCACAUGGCUGCAGUUCAGCGAUGGCUCCGUAGCGGUCCUGGACAUCUACGAUGCCAAGGACUUCACCCUGACGGCCACCUCUCUGGAUGAAGCUGUUGUGUCCACCCCCCAGGCCCGCUCUCCACAGUGGCCUGUGGUGGUGGCCGAAGGGGAGGGCCAGGGGCCGCUGGUGCGGGUAGACAUGACUAUCGCGGAGGCCUGCCAGAAGUCCAAGCGCAAGAGUGUCCUGGCUGUCGGUGUUGGCCACGUCGGGGUCAAGUUUGGCCCCAGUGAGGCCGAUGGCGGCCCUGGUGGGGACAGUGAUGGGAGUGAUAUUGAGAACCACGCCAGCGAGCGGCGGCACAGGGGUCCGGACCCCGAGCGCGAGGGCCAGGACCCCCUGCACGGCAGUCCCUCCCUGGAGCGCCAGGAAGGGGCCCUGCGCAGGCCCAGCACCACGGCCCGGGCCCCUCAGGACAAAGCGGCCAGGGCCGGCCGGCCCGACAGGCUGCCCGGAGAGGGCCAGCUGCAGACCAUCCCCCUCGAUUUCACCAACUUCCCGGCCCAGGUGGACCUGCCCCAGGUGGGGGCUGGGCUGCAGAACGGCCUGGUGCCCACACCGCGGGGCCUGAGUGACCUGGAGAUCGGCAUGUACGCGCUGCUGGGUGUCUUCUGCCUGGCCAUCCUGGUCUUCCUCAUCAACUGUGCCACCUUCGCGCUCAAGUACAGGCACAAGCAGGUGCCCCUGGAGGCACAGGCCUCCAUGACCCACUCUCACGACUGGGUGUGGCUGGGCAACGAGGCCGAGCUCCUGGAGAGCGUGGGCGAUGGCUGUCCACCCGCCGAGCACACGACCGUCCUCGACCGGGGGUUGGGGGGCAGCGAGGAGAACAACCGCCUGCUGCUCAACGGUGGCUCCCAGCCGCCAGGACCCAGCCAGAGCCUCAGGGCAGUGGACAGGCCAGCCCGAGAGCAGAGGCCAGAGGCGCCACACUCACCCACCUCCAAGAGGAAGAAGGUGAAGUUCACCACCUUCACCACCAUCCCCUCUGAUGACGGCUGCCCCACUGUGAACUCCAUCCUGGGCGGCCACAGUGAGGGUGUGGAGUGGGGCUGCCCCCAGGCGGGCACCCCCGCGGAGUUCAGAGACUAUCUGGAGAAGCUCAAGGAUAAGGUGUAGGGCCCAGGGUCUGCGGUUCCGGGGGUGGGGCGGGGGGUGGGCACCCGGUGGGGGUGUCCCUGCAGGACUGGACCCCUGGAGCUCUGCAGCCAGAAGGGACUUUUUAUAACCAAGGUUUCUUAGCAUCCAAGAUGGCGGGGCCCGGGAGGGCAAGGAACAGGCCCAGGAGGGAGCUGUUGAAGCAGGCGGAGCAAAGUGGGAAAGUUAUUAUUUUAUGAACCGUGAUAGAACACAAACGAGCUACCAAAAAUUAUUUGUUAAAAAAUGCAAAAAGACAAAUAAAAAGAGACCGACAUAAUCAUCUGUUUAUAUUUCUAAUUAAGAAGCUAAACCUAAAAGUGGGGUGCGCAAGGGGCAGGCCUUGUCCCCCACGCUCCCGUACCCCGGGAAGGUGAGCUGGCAAGGUCAGCUGCCCACACCCGGUCAUCUUCCCUCCUCUUCCCACACGCCCCUGCCCCACCCCUUCCUUCUCGUCGUGCCCUAGAUGCCGUUUGAUUUUACAUUGAGUGUUUAUUUCUGCGGAUUGAAUGAAAUACAAAUUACCUUCCUAUUCAUUUGGCGAAUUCUUGGGAACAUGACAAUGAAUUUGUCCUUUUAUUAGUGAGUUGGG